ACCCUCCUCCGUUGGACGGCCCGCCGCCGCCGCCGCUGCCUUCCCCCACGGGCUCCGGCGACAGCUCGGCCAAGCCCUGCAUCCCGUGCCCGGCCGCCCUCCCGCAAGCGUCGCCCCCCGCCACCACCUCGCCCUUCUCCUACGGAUGCUUCGGCGGCGGCUACUACUCUUACCGCGUGGCGCGCGGUUCCCUCAAGCCGUGCCCGCCGCCGCCCCCGCCGCCGCCGCCGCCGCCCCCUCCGCCGCAGGCUGGCGGCUACCCGGCCGAGAAGUACCUGGACGCCUACAGCUCGGCGGCCGCCCCGGAGGACUACCAAACGCGGCCGGCCGAGUUCGCCUUCUACCCGGGCUACGCGGGGCCUUACCAGCCCAUGGCGAGCUACCUGGACGUGUCGGUGGUGCAGACCAUCGGGGGCCCUGCGGGCGACGCCAGGCACGAGACCCUCUUGCCCGUGGACCCUUACCACGAACCCUGGGCCUUGGCCGGAGGCUGGAACAACCAAAUGUGUUGUGCCAAAGACCCGAGCCCGGCGGGACACUUUUGGAAAUCUGCUUUUGCAGCUGUAGGUCAACACCCUCCAGAGGGUUGUACCUUCCGCCGCGGCCGCAAGAAGAGGAUCCCUUACAGCAAAGGGCAGCUGAAAGAGCUGGAGAAGGAAUACUCCAACAGCAAGUUCAUCACCAAGGAUAAGAGAAGGAAGAUUUCCGCCUCCACCAACCUCACCGAGAGACAAAUCACCAUUUGGUUCCAGAACCGGAGGGUUAAAGAGAAGAAAGUCGUGGCCAAGGUGAAAACCAACGCCACCAACAGCAACAGCAGCAGUAGCAGCAGCAGCAGCAGCAGUAGCAGCACCCCAUGAGACAAAGACACUCAGAAGAAGGGGAAAAGAAAGAAAAGGAGGAAGGAAAGCAAGCAAGCAAGAAGCGAGCCCAGGGGGAAAGAGAGCAGGAAAUUAUUGCGGACACCUCUGUUGCCUCCCCACGGCCCUGCGUGGACAGGAGAUGAACAAGGGAAAAGAGGGGCGCUCGGGGAGGAGGAACUGAACCAGAAUAACACACGUGGAGUCUUCGGUGGGUCCCUUCCCUUUUCCAGCCAUCUCGGUGGAAGCAAACGAAUUUUGCUUAGGAAUUUCGCUGGCGUUGACGGAGGACCCUGCUAAUGUCUCUUUAUUUUAUUUUUGUUAUUGUUGUGUUGUUAUCUUGAAUAAGUUAAAACCCUAUUUGCAAAACAGCCAGUGAUUUAAGAGCGAUGCAAUGUUGUUAUUGUUGUUACAAUUAUUUUAUUAGGGUGGGGAGGAGUAAACCGUGUGCAAUUUAAAAUUUAUUUUGAUGAUGGUUGUUGCCACCUUAGCGCUAUUGGUAUGCGAAUGAUUUUAUCUUUCUUUGGAUGAAGUAUAAUAAUUAAGAGCCGGCUUUAGGAAGUGGGGGUGGGGAAAGAAAACAAAAUGAAAUCGAGAGGAUAAGAACUAGCUCAAGUCUAACCGAAUUUCAAAUGAACCCUCAAAAAACAAAAACACA